GCUUUCUUCUUCUCUCUCAUUUAUUCCUUUUUCCUCUCCUCUUCUUUCCUCUUUAAUUUCCUUCUUUUCUAACCUUUCGUAUAAUUACAUUCUUUUUCCUUUUUCCUUCUUCUUCUUCAGGGAUCCUAAGUAUCUUACUUUCCUUUUCGUCAUCUUCUUCGAUCGAUCAUGGAGUUUUUCUUAGAGAUGCUUCUCACGGCGGUUGUUGCUCUCUUGUUUUCUUUCCUUGUGGCCAAGCUGGUCUCUCUUGCCACGGUGGAGAACAGAGUAAACGAUUUGAGUUCCUCCGAUCAGGCGGAGAAGCACGAGAUCGGUGUCGGUGAUGAGUUUGUUACGGAGGAUGUUCGUUUUGGUAUGACGAUGGAUGCUCGUCGUGUGCUCGAAAGCGAGAGGAAUUUCCAAGUUGUGGAGGAUAAUGUGGAACUUGUGGAUCGGUUUCAAACCGUAGCUGAUCGAGUUUAUGAACUCGCUGAAGCUGCUACUGGAAACGCUAAAAUCCGAGGUAACCGUGAAGCUGAGUCCUCGGCUGCAGUCUCGUCGGAAAAUAAUGUGAUCGCCGAGGAGGUGAUAGUUCGUGGAAAGGACGAACAGAGUGAGUCUGUGGACGAAAUCGGUUCUGAACGCGAAGAGUUGAUGGUUCGAACCAUGGAAGCUGAGUCUACUUCUUCUGUCUCGCCGGAAAACGUGGUAGCGGAGGAGAUUAAGAGUCUAGGACAAGAGGAAUCAACAGAAUUAGGAAAAAGUGUUUGCGUAGAAAAGGAAGAAAGUGGUGGAGAUGUCGUACUCGCUGAAUCUGAGGAGCUUAGGGUUGAAGAGAGUAGUGAUACGGUGGAGGAGAGUGAAACUGAAGCAGAGAAUGAAGAGAAAAGAGAGUUGACUAUUGAAGAAGAUGAUGAUUGGGAAGGAAUUGAGAGGAGUGAACUGGAGAAAGCCUUUGCAGCUGCUGCAAAACUUUUGGAAGAAUCCGGGAAAGCGGAAGAAAUUGGUGCUGAAGCUAAGAUGGAGUUGUUCGGCCUUCACAAGAUCGCCACUGAAGGGUCAUGUAGAGAGACACAACCUAUGGCCGUCAUGGUCACUGCUCGUGCCAAAUGGAAUGCCUGGCAAAAACUUGGAAACAUGAGUCAAGAAGAGGCCAUGGAGCAGUAUCUUGCUCUUGUCUCAAAGGAGAUCCCUGGUUUGAUGAAUGCUGGUCACACUGUAGGGAAGAUGUCAGAAAUGGAAACCUCUGUUGGCUUACCUCCUAAUUCAGGAUCAUUAGAAGAUCCGACCAACUUACACACAACUGGUGUUGAUGAAUCCAGCAAAAAAGGUAUUUCCUAAGAGUAAUGAUAUCUUUGUGUCAGCGAUUUCUCGCAUCUUUCAUUCCAGACCCCAGUCAUCUGUUUCUUUUUCUAACUGCAAGCUAAUUGUCUUAGAAUCAGUUUCAGGGGAGAGGUGAAUCCAGUGUUUAAGCAGCCAUGGCAAGGCUUGAAGGAGGGUCUUUGGGAUAACAAAGGCAAAUCUAUUCU